AUGGGUAUGACCAAAGAGCAGCAGGAGGAGGCUAAGAAGGUGUUCAUGAUCGGAAUUCGCAACGCCAUUCCGGAAGCGUCCGCAAUUUCAGCUGCCGAUCUGAAAGCAAAAAUCAAGGAACUCCAUCAAAGAAUCUGCAAACUUGAAACGGACAAAUACGACUUGGAGAAACGUCAUGAGCGACAGGAGUAUGAUGUGAGUCUUUUGGGCCGAACACAGUUGCGCAGCGCUAUUGCCUCUACUAUGCAGUUUGAUCCAGGGUGA